AAAAUAAAAACGGUCUAGAAAAUAUUCAGGAGCUUAGUGAUCCUUACGGAAAAUUUUGUUUCUGCAUUCACAACAUUAAAGUUGUGAGAAAGUGUCAUCAGUAAAUGCUAACAUUUUUAUUACCUUUUAGCAUUCACUACCUGUGUAGUCAAUUUACUUUCAUGAAUAAAACAAUGAACCGAAAUGGGACAAAUAAAUAUUCAUUAUAAAGUUUGUGGAGUCCAGUUUUGAAUCGAAGGUGGUAAGGAAAGGACCACAUAAGCUUAAAAUCAGAAUGAGUGUAUUCAAAGUAAUGGCGUCAAAUGAUAUCAAUCCAGAUUUAUUAAAAGAACGUGCAAAAUGCACAUUCAAUGUAGACGAAUUAACGUACAUUUUGGAUGGCGGGGAGAAAAACACUGAGAGGAGGAAACUGAUUGAGAGCAUCACCCUCGAUGAUGGGGCGUGUCUGGACGAGAUCCCAGAGGAAUGCUUAGGUCCCAAAGAGCGGUAUCAGAAUGCUGUGCGCAAGUCGUGCGUAUACGCAAAUAUUGUUAAGAGCAAGUUUGCAGAUAUCACGGCACUGGAGAAUCUUGGUCUACAUUCUGCCGUUCUUCGACGCACAUCUGAUGCGUUCUUCAAAGAGAUAUCGCCAUUUCUUCUCCAUCUGGGCAUGUUUAUGCCUACCAUCAUGGGGCAAUGCACCCCGGAGCAAAUGUCUCACUGGUUGCCCCUUGCCUUGGACAUGAAAAUCAUUGGCACCUACGCGCAGACCGAAUUAGGCCAUGGAACCUUUAUUAGAGGUUUGGAGACAACCGCAACUUAUGACCCUGAGACUGAGGAGUUUGUACUGCACAGCCCCACUCUGUCAUCUUACAAAUGGUGGGCUGGAGGAUUGGGAAAAACUGUAAACCAUUCUAUUGUGGUAGCACAGUUGUAUACCAAAGGUGUCUGUCAUGGAGUUCAUCCUUUCAUCGUUCAGAUUCGUGACUUGGAAACCCAUAUGCCAUUACCCGGCAUAAAAGUGGGGGAAAUUGGGCCAAAGAUGGGGUUCAACACGGCUGAUAACGGAUUUCUGAUCUUCAAUAACUUCAGGAUACCCAGAGAGAACUUGAUGAUGAAGAAUGCUCAAGUUUUGAAGGAUGGAACUUACGUGAAAGUAGCGAGACACGAGAAGUUGACGUACGGGACCAUGGUGUUCGUGCGAGUGAUGUUGGUCAGCGAAAUGGCGUUCAACCUCGCGAAGGCAGUCACCAUAGCAGUGCGGUAUUCAGCGGUGAGGAGGCAGUCACAGCCAAGGCCAGAUCAGCCAGAACCGCAGGUCCUGGACUAUUUGACUCAGCAACACAAACUUUUCAUCUGCAUUGCUACAACCCACGCUUUGCAAUUCACUAGUGAAUGGCUUUGGGCUACCUUCACCGCUGUUCUUCAAGACAUGAAGCAUGGAAACACGGACAAUUUGCCAGAGUUGCAUGCUCUCUCAAGCUGUCUGAAAGCUAUAAGCACGUCGGACUGUUCGUCCCUCAUCGAGCAGUGCAGAUUUGCUUGCGGUGGGCAUGGGUACAUGCUGUCUUCAAACCUACCACUUCUGUACUCCUUCGUCACCGCCACCAGGACUUACGAGGGAGAUUAUACAGUUCUUUUGCUGCAAACAGCCAGAUUUUUAUUGAAAACGUGGGAGCAAGCUGAGGAAGGUAAACCCAUCACACCAACGAUGUCGUACAUUACACAAGCAGUCAAAGGAGAACGGGCGUCGUGGCAUAGUUCUCCUGAAGGAAUCGUCAGGGCUAUGGAAGGAGUCGCUGCUGGAAAAAUAUUAGCGUGCGUGAAAAGCAUGCGAAGACAUUUGAAGUCUGGGAAAGAUUACGAAGAAGCUUGGGAGCUCACUACAGUACAACUUGUAGCAGCUGCCGAGGCCCAUUGCAGGGCAGUGAUUUGCAAGGUCUACCACCAAGAAACGGAGAGAAAGAACUCUACUUCCAGUGCCGAAGUGAAAGCAGUCAUGGAACAACUGAACACCUUGUAUCUCUAUUAUUGGGCUUUGGAGAAAACUGGAGAUCUGUUGCGGUUUACGACGCUAUCAGAGACCGAUAUAUGCCGUCUGCAGCAGAAAUACGAGGAGUUGCUGACUGUGAUCAGACCAAACGCUGUGGGUCUUGUCGACGCCUUCGAUCUAAGAGAUGAGGUACUGAAGUCAACUCUGGGAGCCUACGAUGGUCGAGUUUACGAGCGGAUAGUAGCUGAAGCGCUGAAGAGCCCUCUCAAUGCUAAACCAGUAGAUGAUAGCUUUCAUAAGUACCUAAAGCCUUUCAUGCAAGGAAAGCUUUAAAUUUUUUUAACAAAAAUAUUUAUUUACCUGCUUUAACUUGAACAGCUUUCAGUACUUACGCGAAUUCUGAAUUUUACCGUCAUUUUAAUAAAGACCAAACUGUUAUGCAUAUUUAAUAUUGUUAUUUUAAAUAAAUAAUUUCAUUGA